UUUUGUCUGACUCUGUUUAUCCCUAAAAUUAACGUUACAUUCUGCCGCUAGAACGGUUCCAAGCAUUUUUUGGCUCAUUAAUAUCAUUCAGGAAAUAUAUUGAAAGAAGUUUACCGAUGUACUAUAAGUGAAAAGUAGUUGAUUGAACUAUUUCAGAGUUUUCUCAUAGAACACGAACGUUGAGGAAACUUGUAUGUGUGAGUACACACCAUUCCGUUUCGUGGGCAUCUCCGAUAGUUUUAUUUUUUCGAGGAGAUGAGUUAUUCAAAAAGUCAAUAUUAUGAGCCAGGAUCCCGGUCACGUAGCCGUGAUCGAAAAUACCGUCGCGAGUACCGCGAAAUGGGAGAUAGAUACAGCUCGUCAUACGGCAGUUCUAUGUACGGCACCGGCAGCUCCGGUAGCUAUGCUCGACGACCCUCCAAACGGCCAUACGAAAGUGCAGGCCGCUAUGAAUCACACGAAUCAACCAGCGCAUCGGCAAGCGGUGGCAGCAAAUUGGUGCUAGCGGUGUUCAAUCUCAGUGUCCACACCACUGAAACGGAACUGUAUGAUGUAUUCUCCAAAUUUGGUCCACUGAACAGAGCGAAUGUGGUGCUUGAUGCAAAGACCGGCCGUUCACGAGGCUUCGGGUUCGUAUACUUCGACAGCGUCGAGGACGCAAAAGUUGCCCAUGCGCAGGCGAAUGGCAUCGAAAUCGGUGAUCGGCGAAUUCGGGUGGACUAUUCCGCCACAGACAAGCCACACGAUCCAACGCCCGGGGUGUACUACGGCAAAGUGAGCUACCCUAGGGGUGGGGGUCAUCCGCUGGGACCACCGGCCCCCGUUGCAGACAAUAUGGCACCUCAGCCAUACUCCAGUAGUGGUGGAGGCUACUAUCACUGUCGGGCGUGUGAAAUAGAAGCUCGCGAACGUGAGAGAUGGGAGCGAGAAGCAAGACGGUAUGAUAGCGGCCCCUUUAUUCACAGUGAACAGUACUACUACCAAGACAAAUACGCUCCAUCAGAACCACGUUCUCGGGAUCGUUCAGCAAUGUCCAGAUCCCGGAGUGAAUACUACAGAGGUGGUGCGAGCGUUCGCUGACGGUAGCCAACGGACAUGGGCAUCCAAUUCAGACAAGCAAACAUGCUAAAAUAAUAUCAGAUAAUGUUUCAAAACUAUUUCUUUUUCCCCCCAUAUGUUGCAUCUUUACUGUCCUUGUGAAUGUUUAAGUUUUUUACAUUACUUUACUCCUUCAUGACCAUUUUUUUACAUUUUAUCAAGAGAAGCAUACAAAGCAACAAAAAUACCCAUAAAGCUUCACAUUCAAAUAUUAUUUUGACCAGGUGAUUCGAUAAUUAAUGCUAAGAAACCUCUGUAUGAAAUAUCAAAUUGUCAUAAAUAUACAUAAUCAUCAGACUUUUACUGUUUA